CGCAGUCUAUGUGGCCAAAAGCGAGUCGGCACGCUCUCAUCAAAUCGUGCAGGGUGAUAGCGAGCGUGGAAUUCAUUUGCGCCAAUCAGUAAGAACACUCGGACGCCCGGCACCGCCAAGUGAUACGCGCGAUGAUUAAUAAUUGAUCAAUCAGUGGUCCGAUAGCGAGUGAUAGAAGAAAAAAAACAGAGACAAUUGAUGCACGCCAGUGUCACGGACCCAAACAUUUAGCACUCCCCCCGGCAUUAAGAGUCAGUUUCGGAUCGCACUGCAAGCGGCGAACAGUCCCCCAGGAAUCGAGUCCCCAGGAUGGCCACCGUUCCGAAGCUUAGCGAUAUUUCGGCCAAGUUCACCGAGAGCACACUGGACGAGAUUAUCCGCAGUGCCGGAGGAACCCGCUGCACCGGUUGGAAGCUGCAGGAUGGCGACGUCACGAAGGGCGAUGCGUAUCUUAGCGAGCUGUACCGGAUCCAGCUGCGGGACGAUGAGUUCCCCUCGAAGGACGGCAAACCGCUCGUGGUGAAUGCAAUCGUGAAGACGAUCCCGAAAAACGUCGGUCGCCGUAACACGUUCCGGUCGGCGGACUUUUUUCGCAACGAGUGCAACUUCUACAACGUGGUGCUGAAAGAGCUGUACCGCUUCCAGGACAAGCGCCAACCGAAGCACCCGUUCCAGGAUAUCGCUCGGUGCUUUGUUGCGUAUUGUGACGGAGAAAAUGAUUUUAUCGCUUUGGACGACCUCGGCCAGUACGGUUACGCGACUGCUUCGAGAGCCGAAGGUGUCGGACUGGAGGACUGUCUGCGCUGUAUGCGGGCGCUGGGCCGGUUCCAUGCCCUGUCGCUAGCGAUGAAGGAGCAGGAAUCGGAUCGCUUCCACACGAUCGUUCAGCAGCACGUGGAGGAGACGUACUAUGCGGCGCGGCUCAAACCGUGGUACAACAACUUCCUCCAGGUGCAGAUCGACAUCGCGAAGGACGCGGUUCGGCGUGAGUUUGCGAGCACCGAGUUCGAGCGCAAGGUGGCCAGCUUCUUCGAUGGCGAUCUGUACGAUCGGAUGGUGUACCUGACGCACACGCGCAACCAGAACUCGGUCAUCAAUCACGGCGACUGUUGGAUGCCGAACUUUCUGUUCCACGGUGAAACGCCCGCUGUCCGCAUUAUCGACUUCCAGCUUGCUCGCUACUCCUCGCCAGCGCUGGACAUUUCCUUUUUCGUGUAUUCGUGCACGAGCCAGGCGUUGCGCGAGGCCCACUACCAGGAACUGCUCGAUGCGUACUAUGGCGCGCUGUCCGAGAUGCUGCGGGACCUGGGCUCGAAUCCGGAGGAUAUUUUCCCGUACUCGGAGCUGAAGCGCGAGCUGCAGCAGUACGCGCGCUUCGGGGUCGGCAUGGGCAUCGAAUCGAUACCGUUCUCGCUGCUCGGCGAAUCGGAUGUGCCCGAUCUGAACCAGAUCACCUCCGAGAAGGCGAUCCCGAUCGAGGAAAUUUGGAUUCUGCGCCCGAUCGAAAGCCAGGCGGGACGCCUCCGUCUCACAGACAUGUUUCACCAUGCCAUCGACAUGGGAUACCUGGACUGAGGCGCUUGUGUUACGAGUUGAUAUUAGGCUGCAGCGCACAUGGGUUUCACAAAUGUUUCUACGAACACUAUCCUAAGAAGAAAAACAAUAUAUGAAACGAA